AUGAGCUUGGCGCUAUUCUUCUUCAUUUCAUAUUCACUGCUUUACAUGAAAGCUACGCCCAUACCGCGGAGUCGGGGGCCUUUUUCAUCAGAUACAUACCAAUCACAGCAGCAACCGUCCCCGGACCCAGAGCCGCAAAAACAGACCCCAGCCGUGACACCAGCAGCAUCAAAUACGGAGACUGCUCCUAUUACUGAGGACAGUGGCUCUACUCCCAAGGCCUUUUCUGAUAAGUCUAUUCAUCCUAUCAAGCAUCUCACACAAAAUGCCCAGCGGCAGUUGGAUCUCGCAGUGUCAAAACAAUCAACCACACUAGAAGCAGCCGUCAAAGAAUAUCGCAGGCGAUAUGGCAUCUCCCCACCACCGCACUUCGAUAAGUGGUUUGAAUUUGCACAUAGCAACAACGUCCAGAUGAUGGACGAGUUUGACAACAUACAUGACCUCAUCACGCCGUUUUGGGGUCUGAAACCGGCCACAAUUCGCGGCCGCGCAAAGGAAGCCCUAGGCUACGACAAUUCCCUGCUCGGUAUCGCUAUCCGCGACCAUGCCGUAGCAUUCACCGCAGGCGGGCCGGAAUGGCAGAUGAAUGCCACGGUGGGGAUGCUUGAAAAGAUUCUACCCUACCUUCCUGAUAUGGAUCUCGCUUUCAAUCUCCACGACGAGCCGCGCGUGGUGCUGCCUCAUGACGACUUGACAAGGCUCGUGGACAAGGCACGCCGUGUAUCGAUGCCGGCGGCUGCGAGGCAAAACUCACCUGCCAAUGAUUUCACAGCCACCUCGCCGGAGCUGAGUGAGAAGCAGCGUUUCGACGAGACUAAGCUGACACGCUUCAACAACAUUAACCGCCAAGCCACCUGGACCAUUUCGCGCAUGUCUUGUGCCCCGGAUAGCCCUGCACGGAUGUUAGAGGACGAUGAAGGCACGGACGAUGUACGGCAAUACGCACUGAGUGAGGCUGGUUUUAUAUACAAUGCCACAGCCAUGUCAGAUGUCUGUCUGACGCCGUCGCUCAGACAAACGUACGGGUUCUUUGACCGCCCCAACAUGUUCAAAGUGACGCAUGAUUUAUUCCCCAUUUUCUCGCAGUCAAAGAUUUCAUCUUACGCAGAUUUGGUCUUCCCCUCGCCGUGGUAUUGGUACGGCAAAGUCGAGUACAACGAAACGCUGGACAUGCCCUGGGCCGACAAGGAGGACAAGCUCUUCUGGCGCGGUUCUACUACUGGCGGCUUCAGCCGCAACGGCGGCUGGAGGCGCCAGCACCGCCAAAAUGUUGUCGAAAAGAUGAAUGGUGCCACCAAGGCUCCCGUCUUCACUGACCGCGCCGCCGAGGGCAGCAGUGCUCAUCGCUGGACCGCUGAGCAGGUCCCGCGCGGCGACCACCGGCAGCUGGUCGACGUGCACUUUUCACACGUCGGGCAGUGCGACCCAGGCGACUGCGAGGCGCAGAAGCAAUUCUUCGAGGUCAAGGACGUGGUCGACAUGCAGCACGCGUGGCGCUACAAGUUCCUGCUCGACAUGGACGGCAACGCAUUUAGCGGCCGCUUCUACGCCUUUUUGCGCAGCCGCAGCCAGGUCUUCAAGCUCGCCCUCUUUCGGGAGUGGCACGCCGACUGGCUUCGGCCUUGGCUGCACUACGUGCCAAUGAGCGUGCAGGGCGGCGACUGGUUCGCUGCGACACACUACUAUGGUGCGACGGCCGAGGGCGCGGCCGCGGCCGAGGGCAUGGCGGCGGCGAGCAGGGCGUGGGCGGGCAAGACGCUCCGCAAGGUCGACAUGGAGGCGUGGUUCUUUCGGCUGCUGCUCGAAUAUGCGAGAGUCAUUGACGAUAAUCGAGAAACGAUUGGCUUUGACGUGGUCAGCGCACACAAGAAGCUGCCCCCGCAGGCACCAUUGCAAAAAUCGAAAUGA